AUGGCCGCGGGCGGCCCCAACGCUGAGGAGCGGAGCUAUUGCCGCUUCCUGGAGCUCUUCUUGGUCGAGUUCCGAGGACCUUUCGGAGCGGAGCCGCCGCCGCCCUCCUCAGCCGCCGCCGCCGCGUCCCCCUCAGCCGGUGGCGGGGCAGAGGGCGAAGCCCGGCAGGCUGAUGAAGAAGCCGCCGCCGAGGAAGAGGAGGCGGAGGAGGCUGUGAGGGACGAAGAAGCGGAGCCGCCGCCGGCCGAGGAGCAGGAGGAGGAGGAGGCGGUGGAAGCGGUGGAAGAAGGAGACUCGGGAGGCGGAGGGGACGGAGAGGAUGCCGAUGCCGCCGCCGCCCCUCAGGAGGACGCGGGAGAAGCAGGGAGCGCCGCCGCUGAGGAAGCCCUGCCGGAGCAGACGCCGCCGGGGCAGCCCCCUCAACCCUCGCCGCCGCCUCUUUCGCGGCCGGCCACCCCUCCGCCGCCGCCUCUGCCCUCGCUGCCCCGGCCGCUGUCGGAACACAUCACCGAGGAGGAGGUGGAGGGCGAGUGCCUGGACCUCUGCCUCCAGCAGCUCUACAAGUAUAAUUGCCCUUCCCUUUUGGCAGCUGCUUUAGCUCGUGCAACGGCAGAUGAAGUACUUCAGAGUGAUCUCUCUGCAUACUACUUGCCCAAGCACGAAGACAGCCCAGAUGGGAUCAUACAGGUGGAAACAGUGAAGUUGGCCCGCACAGUGUUCAGCAAGCUCCAUGACAUCUGCAGCAGUUGGGUGAAGGAAUUUCCCCUGCAGAGAAAAAUUCAUCGUUAUUAUGAAACAUCCAUUCAUGCCAUUAAAAACAUGCGCCGCAAGAUGGAGGACAAACACGUCUGCAUUCCUGACUUCAACACGCUUUUCAACCUUGAGGACCAAGAGGAACAGGCCUACUUUGCAGUAUUUGAUGGCCACGGAGGGGUGGAUGCUGCCAUCUAUGCUUCCGUCCACCUCCAUGUAAACCUGGUGCACCAGGAGAUGUUCCAGCACGACCCCGCAGAGGCACUGUGCAAGGCUUUCCGGGUGACGGAUGAGCGCUUUGUGCAGAAGGCAGCCAGAGAGAGCUUACGGUGUGGAACCACAGGUGUGGUGACAUUUAUCCGAGGAAACAUGUUGUACAUAUCUUGGCUGGGUGACUCCCAAGUGAUGCUCGUGAGAAGGGGUCAGGCUGUGGAACUGAUGAAGCCACACAAGCCAGAUCGAGAGGAUGAGAAGAAACGCAUUGAGGCCCUCGGAGGCUGUGUGGUUUGGUUCGGGGCUUGGCGAGUCAAUGGGAGUCUGUCUGUCUCCAGAGCGAUCGGUGAUGCAGAACAUAAGCCAUAUAUCUGUGGGGAUGCCGAUUCUGCUUCUACAGUUCUGGAUGGAUCUGAAGACUACCUCAUUUUAGCCUGUGAUGGUUUCUAUGACACCGUGAACCCUGAUGAAGCGGUGAAGGUGGUAGCUGACCACCUGAAGGAGAACAACGGGGACAGCAGCAUGGUGGCACAUAAGCUGGUGGCUUCAGCUCGAGAUGCUGGCUCCAGUGAUAAUAUCACUGUCAUCGUGGUCUUUCUCAGGGACAUGAGUACAGCAGUGAGUGUCAGCGAGGAGUCAGAGUGGACAGAAAACUCUUUCCAAGGUGGGCAGGAGGAUAACGGCGAUGACAAAGAAAACCAUGGCGACUGCAAGAGGCAAUGGCCUCAGCACCAGGUCUCGGCCCCGGCAGACCUAGGGUAUGACGGAAGAGUGGAUUCUUUCACAGACAGAACUACAUUGAGCACAGGUUCCAGAAUUGACUUCUUGGAGGACCAAGGGUAUAUAGACUUGAGGAAAAUGGAAGCUAGCAAACUUCAGAGUGCCAAACGCCUGUCCCCAGAUCAAGGGUUUAAUGCUGGUGUACCGAAGAGAGCAACCUUGGCUACCGGUUUGUCAGCAGAGAACGAGACGCCAGCGGAUGCUGCACCUCCUCCACGUGGACACAGCAGUCUUCAGGGGCAGAUCUCGUUACUUAGUUUUGGGUCUACAAGCCCGCACGAGUACAACAUGUUGAGCGAGACUCCCAUUUGUGUGAGGCUGGAGGGCGAGCAGUUCAAAUCUUGGGCCAGACGAGCCUCCAUUUUCUCUCAUUUCCACCUCUGUGACACCAAGCGGUGGCAGCGGUUAGCCAGACUCAAGCCAAAGCUGCACCUGCUUCUCUUUGAGCACAGGCCGCUUCCCCACCAGGAGGGCUUUGCUCUGCACUCGCCUAGCAGUGUGAAUGGCCGCAGGAGUAAGUCACUGAGAAGCCGUUUCUGGCCAGGCUUCUCUAGUUGUUACCAGAGUCACGAUGAGGGGAUUCUCCUGAGCUACUGUAUACCAGACCCCAGGCUUCUCUGGAGCUGUAAAAAAUAA